CGGGACUGAAGGAUGUGUACGAUAUCUGUGUUAAAUAAAAUACACAUUUACUAACACAUAUCCAGUGUUUUAAUAGCCCACUGCUGACUAUACGAGUUAAAAACUGCUUUCAAGGCAAGGCAAAAGGACAGAAGGAGCUUUAAUUAAAGUGUGAAACAUUUCGGAAUGGGACGCGUCCAGCGGGAUUCUAGCCGCUCAUCUCAUCACGACACAGCAACAAGGAAAAAGUAGCAAAGAGGACCAGGAUACAGUUGAAUUACAAGUUAAACAGCGCGUCAGGGCGAGGAAAACGGGGAAGUGAGUCAAAACCGCCCUCUUCACUGUUCAGCGCACUUCAUAUGCGAGCAGCGGCCGCCGCAGGCUCCCACGGACACCAUGGUUCUUGCUCCUCUGUGCAGCCGCCUCAACCCAGGAGCAAUGAGCACUGUGCGAUAGUCGAGCGUAGGCUGCGUGGCUCACUCAAACCAAGUCAGUGCUUCUAUUGUCUGAAAGCCAGCGGUGUAGAAGAUGGGGCAUCCUCCUCUGGAGUUCAGUGACUGCUAUCUGGACAGUCCAGAGUUCAGAGAGACUCUCAAGUGUUAUGAGCAAGAACUGGAGAGGACGAGCAAAUUUCUCAAAGAGUUGAUAAAAGAUGGCAACAGUGUGAUCACUGCAAUUAAAGGUUAUUCCUUGGCGGUACAGAAGUUUUCGCAGACUCUCAGCAUGUUCCAGUUCGGCGUCAUUGGCGACUCCCUGACAGAUGAUGAGAUUAACAUUGCUCAGUCGUUCCAGGAGUUUGCUGGACUCCUGCAGGAAGUAGAGCACGACAGGAUGAUGCUGGUUCAGAACGCCUCCGAUCUGCUCAUCAAGCCGUUGGAGAAGUUCAGAAAGGAGCAAAUAGGAGUAACAAAAGAGAAGAAAAAGAAGUUCGAGAAAGACAGUGAAAAAUAUUACUCCCAGGUGGACAAACACCUGAAUCUUUCCGCCAAGAAGAAAGAGAGUCAACUUCAAGAGGCUGAUGAACUCCUAGACAAAGAGCGAGUGAACUUCUACGAAUCGUCAGUGGAUUAUGUGUACCAGAUUCAUCAGGUGCAGGACAGGAAGAAGUUUGAUGUGGUGGAGCCUGUGCUGGCGUUUCUUCACAGCAUUUUAACGCUCAACAACCUGACAGUGGAAAUGACUCAGGACUUUAUGCCUUACAAGCAAGAACUGCAGCUCAGCUUGCAGAACACAAGAAACCACUAUGAGAGCACUCGUGAGGAGAUGGAGGAACUGAUGAAAAGAAUGAAACACCCAUCCCAGAUCUGUAAAAUGCACAGUUUUCUGCCAAUGGAGGGUUAUCUGUACUGCCAGGAGAAGUGGGCUUUGGGCGUGUCAUGGGUCAAAUAUUAUUGCAAGUAUAACAAGGAGGGGAGACUGCUGAUCAUGGUGCCCUGUGAACAGAAGACCACAACUAAGCAGGGCCCCACGCAGCUGAUGCUGAAAUCCUGCAUCCGCCGGAAGACGGAGUCCAUAGAUAAGCGCUUUUGCUUUGACGUGGAGACAAUCGAGAGAAACACACCCGUCACUUUCCAGGCUCUUUCGGAAGGAGACAGGAAGUUGUGGAUGGAGGCCAUGGAUGGAAAAGAGCCUAUUUAUCAUUCCCCAAUUCACAAGCAAGCUGAAAUGGAACUGAAUGAAAUUGGAUUCAAGUUUGUGCGAAAGUGCAUCAACUACAUUGAAACAAAAGGAGUCAGUCAAGAAGGAGUGUACAGAACCGUUGGCAGCAACAUCCAAGUGCAGAAGCUUUUAAAUGCCUUCUUUGACCCCACAAACCCAGGAGAUGUGGAUCUCCACAGCAGCGAUGGGGACAUUAAAACCAUCACAAGUGCAUUGAAGUUUUAUCUAAGGAGCUUGUCUGAACCUCUGAUGACCUACAGCCUACACAGAGACCUCAUUUGUGCUGCAAAGUCCGAUAAUCUGGACUUUCGUCUGAGUGAAAUUCAUUCACUUACCUACAAACUACCAGAGAAGAAUCGGGAGAUGUUGGAGAUGCUUAUUAAACACCUGGUCAACGUGUGCAGUCAUAGUGAAGAGAACCUGAUGACUCCUUCAAACAUGGCUGUUAUCUUUGGACCCACACUGAUGAGAGCAAAGGAGGAGACUGUGGCCGCCAUGUUGGAUAUCAAGUUCCAAAACAUUGUUGUUGAGAUUCUGAUUGAAGACUACAAAAAGAUCUUCAGUUAUAUGCCAGAGGACAGCACCGCCCCACCUGUCCCUCCUCCGCGGAUCACCCCGAGAAAGCGGCAACCCAUCACGAUCUCCAAGCGACCACCUCGUGUUUAUCAAGCUCUUAGUCAUGAGCACUAUCAGCACACAGAGAAUGGUCAGAACGACAGCUCUGUCAUGGACGGGGAAGUCUCACCGAGCCCCGUUCCCCUGCAACGGACAAAACCUGUAAGCUCUGCUCCUCUCGUUCCAAGAGAACCUCCUCCGAGACAACCAUUAAUGCGCAGACCAGCUAGCCGUCAUGACAGACAGUCAGACUCUGAUGUUGGCAAGAUAGACGAUACAAGGCAAAGGCCAGAUUCUUCUGCUGCAAAUGGGGAGUCUGGAGUCUAUGUGAGCAGAGUACCAUCCUUCCAGAACAGGAGACCACCUCCGAAAGGCACAUCAACCAACAGAGAAGGAGAUUCUGAUGGUCUGGUCAGAACGAGGUCCACGGAGAAACAUGCCAUUUGUAGACCCCCUGUCAGGCCUCCUGAGCCCCCCUCCAGAUUCCCCACCCCACAAAAGACCCCGAGUGCAGCCAGCAGCGAAGGCACGGCCACAUCCUAUGUUGCCUCUAAAACAAAGUUUUUUGAGAAUGCCUCCAAGUAAGUUGGCAGUCCACCGCCCUCUCCGCCCCCAUCACCAGUGACAAAUGUAAAAAAAGAGGAUUAAAGUUAAGGAGACUCUCACAUCAUGUGACCGCCACAUGGUGCUGCUGGGUCCACAUCAAGCUGUAUGGAGCUAACGGAAAAUGAACUCAGUCGAUCUUGAUUUCAUCGGGGUGAUAAAUGGCUCUCCACAGAAGUGAAUGGUUGUAUUUGAUUCCAUUUGUUUUUUAAUAGUAAGAAUGGUAUUGUAAGGCAACACAGUAGCAAACUGACUUUUGAAUGAGCUUGCAAACUCAUUGGCUCAGUGUUGGAUCAUUAUUCCAAAGUUAGGAUGGAGUAACUACUAUUCUCCCCCCUUUUGUAAUUUUACAGUGUUAAAAUGUUUGAAUGGCCAAUUUUAUUGGAGGGAACUAACUGCCAUAGCUGGUUAUAACACCUUACAUAGACGUCUUGUUGUCUGCAGUCUCGAUGCUUAUUUUUAUCAUCGUAAAAUAGAUCUCCCAAAGAAGACUAAUUGAAUUAAAUGGAAUUAAUCCGUUUAAUCAUUAUUGACUUGAAAAUGUGAAAUAUCAGUCUUAAUAUUAACUUAUAUAGAUUUUAUAAAAUGGACCAUGUAAUAAUGAUCUGUCAAGGAAAUAGAUGAAGCAAAUUCAUAUUAAGCUACAUCUAUCAAGUAAUUAUUUCCUUGGAAGCCAUUUUAGUUGGUCCAUUCAAAAAAGUGUUUAGAUCAAAAUUUGAAUUUGAAUGUAUGUCUGUUGAGACAUAAUGUGUCAUCAAAACAUAAGUCACUUUUUAGGAGGCAUUACAAAAAGUAUUUUGCUAUAAAGUGUGAGCCAGUCAAUGUAGUUUCAGUUUACACAAUGAAUAUAAUGCUAGUGUAAGUUUAAUAGGGAAUUAUUAAAAUGAAUUGACUGGUGUACAUUCCCAUACUUCCACACUCCCACGUGGGUAGGUCAGGCUGCACAGGAGACUGCUCAAAGUUUACCUGAAUCUGAUGCACCUCAAAUUAAUUGUUGGGAUUAAAAAGCAGGAAUCAAAACGUAUUGUAACAAUAUAUGAAAAUAACACUCCAGCUUUGUUUAUUUUAUUUCUUAUGGUUAUGGUUAUUAUGUUAUACCUUUUUUUUUCUUUGAUAACCCAACCUGAAAAUUCUUGUUGUUGUCUGGUUGGAUUUGUUUUAAAAAAUGAAAAUAAAAAUGAAAAGUUCUUAGAAUGAAAUCUUUUAAAAA